ACCUAUCAGCGUUCCGCAAGCAAGACCCGUGAUUCCUUGCGCGUUGGAGUUCAGAUCAAGGAUUUCUGAUCGGUCGUCGUAAUUUGAAGAGGUGAAAAAAAGUGCGGAGGUGCUUUUAUUCGAUAUCCUUUAUGAGAUCUUACAUUUAACGGUUGGCUCCUGAAUUUCUUUCGCAGCCAUGUCAGCCGCAACUACACACAAAUAUCGUUACAAAAAUGUGGGCUUGGACUCGCAAGAACUAAGACGGCGUAGAGAAGAGGAAGGCGUUCAAUUAAGAAAACAGAAAAGAGAACAACAGUUAUCGAAGAGGCGCAAUGUUCCUAACAUAGUUACUGUUGAUGAUGAUAUUGUUUCGGCAAAUGAAUCUGCUUUUGCUGCACCACAAUCAAAAACCGCCAUUAUGGUACUUGAAAUGGUGCAGGAAUUGUACAGUCCUAAUCCUAAAGAUCAAUUGGCUGCUACACAAAAAUUUAGAAAAAUGUUGUCUAGGGAACCAAAUCCACCGAUAGAUGAAGUUGUAAAAACUGGAAUUGUACCUAAAUUUGUUGAAUUCUUGCAGAAUAAUGCGAACUGUACGCUACAGUUUGAAGCUGCUUGGGCUCUAACAAAUAUAGCGAGUGGAACGUCUCAACAAACACGUGUGGUAGUGGAUGCGGGAGCUGUACCUAUCUUCAUAUCAUUACUUGGUUCUGAAUAUGAAGAUGUACAAGAACAAGCAGUUUGGGCAUUGGGUAAUAUUGCAGGAGAUAGCGCUGAGUGUAGAGAUCACGUAUUAGACAAUGGAAUCCUCACACCUCUUCUGCAAUUACUUUCUAAAGCAACACGUUUAUCGAUGACACGUAAUGGGGUGUGGGCACUAUCGAAUCUUUGUCGAGGCAAGAGUCCACCACCAGAAUUCACGAAAGUGGCGCCGUGUUUACCAGUUUUAGCUCAUUUUCUUAAUCAUACCGAUAGUGAUGUUCUAGCAGAUGCUUGUUGGGCUCUUUCCUACUUAAGCGAUGGACCGAAUGAAAAAAUUCAAGCAGUUAUCGAUGCAGGUGUCUGCAGACGUUUGGUAGAGUUACUCAUGCAUCAACAGGAAAAUGUAAUCAGCGCCGCGCUUCGAGCAGUGGGUAAUAUAGUUACAGGGGACGACGUACAAACACAAAUCGUUCUUAAUUGUUCUGUGUUGCAAUGUUUGUAUCAUCUAUUGAAUUUGUCACUAGAAAGUAUUCGCAAAGAAGCUUGUUGGACAAUCUCUAAUAUUACAGCAGGAAAUCCUCAGCAAAUUCAAGCUGUCAUCGAUGCCGGUAUAUUUCCCGUCCUAAUUGAUAUUUUAGCGAAAGCUGAAUUCAAGAUUCGAAAAGAAGCAGCAUGGGCAAUCACCAAUGCUACAAGCGGUGGUGCACCUGAACAAAUACGUUAUAUCGUUGUUGAAGGAUGUAUUCCACCCUUAUGCAAUUUGUUAACGGUAAUGGAUCCUAAGAUCGUUCAAGUUGCAUUAAGCGGAUUGGAAAAUAUCUUGCGUGUAGGAGAACAAGAUGCUGCCACGAAUAAUGGUAUCAAUCAUUAUGCGGUACAAAUUGAGGAAUGUUUCGGCCUAAAUAAAAUAGAAUUUUUGCAAUCUCAUCAAAAUGUAGAAAUCUAUCAGAAGGCCUUCGACAUAAUUGAACGAUAUUUUGGAUCUGAAGAAGAAGAUACGCGAGUCGUACCAACUAUUGACGCGCAAGGACAACAGUUCCAAUUUAGAGCGCCCGAUUCAUCUCAGCUACCGGUCGAGGGUUUUGAGUUUUAAUCCACUAGUUUUAAUGAGACCUCCGAUUGUAUCAGCUGAUUUGACCUUGUUUCGUUCGUUGUGUUUACAACUAUUUUUCCUGAAAUAGACAUUUUAAAAAUGGAAGAAAAAAGUUCAAUCAGAUACAAAACAGUGGUACAACUACUACGUAUAUUUUGAAUUCGUUUGUAUCGAUCAGAAUAUCAGUAAAAACAAAUCUCGAAGUGAUCAGUUUUUUGCUCGACGAUAAAGAUGAGUAAAAUGUUUAUACGCAGUUA